GUUAAAAAUAAAAAAUUUAACAAUAGACUAAUGCAUGGUAUCUAAUGGGCUAACCGCUAACCAUAAAAUAAAAGAGUUGAAUGAGCCUGACCUACAUGGGAUUUGGUCAUCAAGUAAAACAAAUGAACAUCAUGGGUUUGCCAUUCUAAAACAAGCUAUUUUCUCUGGCAUAAUAUAUAUUAUGCUAUUAUUUUAUAUCUUAGUGGCUAAAAUAUAAUGUAUUUUAAAGUUAUUCAAUGGUUCAACCUCGACCAACCCAAUUAGUCCAAUUUUUAUCAUUUCAAAUAUAUAUUUUAUAAUUAUUUGACAUCAUAAUGAUCAAAUUAUAGUAUAUUUUAUAGGGAAUCGUUUGGUAUUUGUUAGUAAAAAACUAAACAUAAAAAUCUAUUUGGUUAUUUUAAACAUUAAAACGAUCCUCAACAUUUUCAGUUCCUUUUGAAUUUAUAUGGUUUUAUUCCCGAAUAAGUGAUGUGCAAAUGGCGAAUUGUAGUCGUCUUUUUUCUUUCACUAUUUUUUAUUUUCAAAUAGAAAGUUUAAAAGUAAAGAAUAAUUAGAAUUUGGCAUGGGUCGGUCAAACAUGUUGAAUUUCAAGUUUUGGCCCAUUUGUUUUAUGCAUUACAAAUUUAUUAGCAUGUUGAUGGAAAUGGCUUGGAAAAAAGACAUAUAAGUUGUAUCUUUGCAUAAAUGUCCUCAAAUGUUUGAAUGCUUUGUGAAUCAGGUUCUGUGACUUUUGUGAUGGUGUAUGUGCUUGACGAUUGCUCGAUGUUGUAACUACUUAAUUUAAGAGUAAAUCUUUUGAUUUUCCCUAUGAGUUGUGAUACCAGUUCUGGUGGUUGCAGCAUGUUGUCGUUGUUGGCCUGUAAAAGUUGUUUCGCCGUGAUGCUAAAUAUCUUUCUUUCUUUUUUAACAAAUUGUGUAGUAGUGCUAUGAAACAGACCACCCAUGAAUGCUACGCUUAUUAUGGUAUGUUCUUACUUCCGGUGGUGAGAAAUUGUGAAUUGAGAAUCAUAUUCGCCUACCGCACUAUGUCUGGUUGGUGGCUACUUACUGUGCUCUCUAGAGUUAUGAAACAGACUACCCAUGAACUUUACCCUUAAGAGUCCAUAACUUUGCGAAAAACCAAAUAUAGGCAAUCAAAGGUGGUGGAUGUGUGAUGAUUUUUUAUGGCUUAAUUGUUUGUAAAUUAGAUAUCUGAUCUUUGUAUGAUUAGAGGGGAUGUUUGCUUAAUAGAAUAAUCCAUUUUAAUUCAUGUUUAUUUUUAACAUGAACUUUAGUAGCUCAAAACCUUCGAGACACAUAUCACCUACUGCAUUGUAUCAUUUUGCCUGGGUGCUUGCUGUGUUGUCAAACUUCUUUGCUGCUGAUGCAUUUACACUAACAGGGGAGUUAAGAACCCAUGAAUGUUUCCGUUUGACACAAACAAGAGGACUUACUUCUAAAUCGUGCACUAAAGAUGAUUGGAGGAAACAUCUCUGUUGCAGUUGAUACACUGGAGACCAUAACAAAAGCAACGUAUAACAUCAAAACCAACCAUCUGAACUAUUAGCAUUGUUGCUUUACUCUUUUUUCGUGGUUGAGUCUCCUUCAGAAAAUUUAGUUUGAUUUUAUAAAAUUUUGCUUCUGCAGUCUUGUCUUGCCACCAACGCGUUCAGUAGAUGGAGAUGGCAGAGGCGAAGGCUAUUUUGUGUUGUUGUUGCUGGUUUAGGGAUCGGUUUGUGAAGAAGAAGGAGAAGAGAGGGGGAAAGGGAAAUGCAUGAGAGGGGGAUAACUCUUUUCUCCGACAAAAAUUGAGUGAAGAAAAGAAUUAUGAUCAGUAAGGAUAUGGUUAUCUUACAUAACUGUGUCUAUUCUGUUUGAAUUGAGCUUGGGAGGUAGUGAUAAGGACGAGCUGCAACCAAUUCAUAGUGAUAAGAGUGCUAUUAACUGUGAUCAUGUCUUAUUUCAAGUUAGAAGGUAGUUUCAGUAUAGGAAUUAUUUAAUUUGACAAGUUGUUUCGUCCAUGAUUCUUGGUAGUUUCAGUGCCAUUCUAGCCAUUGUUUAGUCUGUAAUUUUUGAGAAUUGAUGUGCGAGUAAUGACUUUCACUUAGCUUCAACUAUUAUGUGUGUAUUUAUUGGCAUGUGAUAGAAUUCUCUUUUUCCUUUUCUUUGAAUUCAGUUUCAUACUCUAAUUGUAUCAUUUGUACAUAGGCAAAUCAUGCUCGAGAUGACAACUCGCUGAUAUGGCUGGUGCAAGGAAUGAAGCCAUCAUUAAAAUUCAGACCGACAACGGGGAGGGAUGCCCAGGACUAAUUCAAUGAUGAUUGAUGAUGGUAUGAUAAAAACUGCCGUCUGCAUCAGCACCAAUUUCUAGGCCUAAGUAAAGUUAUUCAACCCAGAACUCUGCUUAGCGCUAAAAAUUGCCCUCACCCAACCUUUAUCCUGUUUGACCCACUUCUGAAGAGUCAAGAUAUAUUACUAAUUCUCUCCGUUUGUAUUUUCUUAUUGACUCUUUCUGACCCUUUAGGUUGGGGCGGGUCGGGAAGAAUCGGAUUAGUGGGCCGGUCUUAAUCAAGUGGAAUCCCAAUCUCUUCACUCUCACUUGCUUUCUCUCCCAUUCCACAAGUGGGUAACAUACAGUAAUCCGGCCAACGGGCCGGGUAAUAAGCUAGUUCCAUAUAAUCCUCGGCUUCAAUCACUCCCAUUAUGUCGUAAUGACAUUUUAUCUUCUGAAACCCAGGCCCUUUAACACAUUUCUACUGAUGAGCCCAGCUCGCAAUCAGAAGGGCCAUCGGCCCAACAGAGUCCCAAACGAUAAUUUCAUAAUUCCCAGUCCAGUCUGCAAAACCCUAGAUCGGCCCCUGAUUUAAUCUCAUAACACCAAUUCACCUCCCAUAUAGCAGCUGCGCCACCAAACAGCCUCGCUUCCCCCUUUCUCCCAAACCCUACAAUCCCCGACAGCCGCCGCAACCAUGCCGCCGAAGUUCGAUCCCUCUCAGGUGGUGGAUGUCUUCGUCCGAGUGACCGGCGGUGAGGUCGGAGCAGCAUCCUCCCUCGCUCCCAAGAUCGGUCCGCUGGGUCUGUCACCGAAGAAGAUUGGUGAGGACAUCGCCAAGGAGACCGCUAAGGACUGGAAGGGAUUGCGCGUCACCGUCAAGCUCACAGUCCAGAACCGUCAGGCGAAGGUGACGGUGGUGCCGUCGGCUGCUGCUCUUGUCAUCAAGGCCCUGAAGGAGCCGGAGCGUGACAGGAAGAAGACGAAGAACAUCAAGCACAACGGGAACAUCUCGCUUGAUGAUGUGAUCGAGAUUGCUAAGGUCAUGAGCCCUCGAUCCAUGGCGAAGGAUUUGAGCGGAACGGUGAAGGAGAUCCUGGGGACUUGCGUCUCCGUGGGUUGUACUGUCGAUGGGAAGGACCCGAAGGAUCUCCAGCAGGAGAUUACCGACGGUGAUGUUGAGAUUCCCUCUGAGUAAAAAGGUUCUAUUCGAGAGCAGGAAAUGAAACUUUUAUGUUCGUCUCCUUUUUGCUCCCCCCUGUUUUAUUUGUUAGUGUUUUCACUUUGUGAAAUGUUACUACUCUCAGUUUUGGAUUGUGAAAGGAGUUGAAACUUGAAAGGUUUAGACGAAUACCGUGAAUUUAUCUGAAUGCUGGAUCAAUGGGUAGUUCAUUCUCUGGUUUCUAACUUGGUGCUUGAUGAUGUGAAUGGAGGUUCUAUUUGAGGUAAUUGUGUUGUUACUUGUUUGCUAUUGGGGUUGGAGAUCUUUGCCAUUAAGCAUUGCUAUUUGGUUGCAAGCUCAGUUCUGAUUCUUAUUUUGGGUUGUCUCUGAUUGCUUUCGUGUCUCUGGUAAUAGGGUCAUAAUAUGAUGUAAUUCACUGAUCUCAUUCAUGGAACCAACCCAUAUAAUGGAUUUAGUUGCUUGAAGGGUAGUAGGUAUGUGUUACCGUUCGACAGCGGUGGAUGAUGCUCGGUACUAAAAUUUGGAUCUUGGUCCCGGAGACUGUUGUAAUUUGUUCAUGAGGGAAUUGUUUUCUGUAGGAUUCAACUUCAGCUAAGAAUGUCUAUUGUAGAAUUGGCUAAGUUUUGUGUCUUUUAAAAGUAGUUUUAUUAGCCUGCCAUGUAUGGGAUAUUAGUAAGCUUAUGGAGUCUUGGCUGAAGACUCUUGCAGCCUUGACUUAUGUUUUAGGUUUCUGGUGCAGUUGGAUGGUCGUGUGUUUGUACAGGAGGGAGACAACAGACAAGCUCUGUUUUGUUGCUUGGUUAAGCACUUGGCAGAAUCCCUUUGCUGUUAAUGAAAUGUUGGUUACGUAAACUGAGCAAGGAGAUGCUGUUUUUAGUCUCGGGAAAUAAACUGUAGAGGUUGAAUACUUUCUGGUCCGUUCAUGGAAUGUGAUUAGAUUGUUGUCCAUGGCUGUGACUUGUCAUUGGGGUCGUGUGCUUGCUGUAUUAUGGGAGCAAGGCGCAGGGCUUGUAAUGAAGAGACAGUACUCAUGGGGCAAAUUGUGUAUUCUUCUGGGCCUAGCGAAAUGUUACAGCUGGGCAUGAAAACGAGAAAAGCAAGCAACUGGCUGGGCUUCCUCCUCCGGCUGCUGCAACUAGCUAGUAUCGUCCUUUGACGCGUAUGGUGUGAUGUAUAGUACUGCUGUGGUUGUCUUUGCCUUGGCCGUCGCUUAGUGUAAUAUAUCUGUGAACAGUACACAAACAAACGAGCACACAGACACACGGUUUUGUAACAUUUGGUUGGCUUAUCGGGUCGGGUUGGGUAAUUUCGGGUUAGGAACUUCGGUUAUGGUUCGGGUUAUAUUUGGUUGGUUUAUUUUGGGUGAAAUAUUGACCCAAUCCAUUCGGUUUCGGGUCGGGUUACAGGUCAUUUCGGGUUAUGAGCGUUCUCAGAAACAAUAUCAAACAUGUUUCAUAUUUUCUUAACGAACACAAAUUUUCACAUAUGCAUAACAAUAGUUUACCUAACACAUGUCAAUUGAUAUAUUAUAUUCUCAAAUCCUCCCACGCUAAUGAUAUGAAAUAUAAAUUGCGCAAAUCGUCAAAAAAUAAUCACAAGAGUAAUACUACCACAAGAAACAUAUGAUAUUUGAUUAUCCUUAAAAUCCAAACAUGUCAUUCAAAUCUUUGUGAUUUUUUUAAACAUCUCACCACUUUAUGAGUGAUUUUAUCAUAUUUUUGGAGUACUAUAUUAAAUGGAACGGGUCUAACGAGUCGACCCGCUAAUCCACCCAACCCGACCCAAAAAAUCACGGGUUAUCGGGUUCGGGUCAUUCGGAUUUCGGGUUACAAAAAUCUCUAGUUUUCGGGCGGUUUCGGGUCGGGUCAACAAAUCGAGUUGUAAUUU